UAAUCUGGACGAUUUGACCCUUUGUUUCCAGAGUGACAGCCGGUGUUACCCGGUAGUUAAACAGCCGUUAUGCUUUAACAGGUAACCAUGCCGGGUGUCAUAAAGGUGGGACCUUUGUUGUAAACUGCGUAGAUGACUGAAUAAACCGAUACCAGUCCGUCCAGUUCCUGCCAUCAACGCACAGUUAGCCUCCUGGGUCAUCAUGUGGGUCUUCGGUUACGGAUCCUUGAUUUGGAAAGUGGACUUCCCGUUCGAGGAGAAGAGAGUCGGUUACAUAAAGGGCUUCAGCCGCCGGUUCUGGCAGGGCAGCACCGACCACCGCGGAGUACCGGGGAAGCCUGGUCGUGUUGUUACUCUGGUCGAGGAUCCCGAGGGGUGCGUUUGGGGCGUUGCCUACAAGCUGCCGACGGGGCAGGAGCAGGAAGUGAAGCGCUACCUCGACUACCGCGAAAAAGGCGGCUAUCAGGUCAUCACAGUGACCUUCUACCCCCGUCCUCAGUCCAACCACUUGCCAAGCCCGACGUUGCUCUACAUCGGCAACGAGGGCAAUCCCAACUACCUCGGUCCUGCGCCCUUGGACGAGAUAGCCAACCAGAUCCUGAACUCCACUGGUCCGAGUGGGAAAAACACGGAGUACCUGUUCCAGCUGGCUGACGCAGUGAGGACUACCAUGCCUGAAGACCCAGACAGACAUCUGUUUUCUCUUGAAGCAAUAGUGAGAGAAAGGCUACAAAAAGAAAAACAAACACUGAAAAUAGAUUGUUAAGAAUAAAUAAAAAACAUUUUUAUGGGUUA